CCGUUGUCCUCCACCUCUUGGGCUCAGGGUCCCGUGGCGCAUGGGAUGUCCUCAGGCUCCCAAAGCCCGGACUGAGCUUCCUCCCGGGUCUGUAGCGAGGAGAGGGGAGGAAGAGGCUAAGACGCCGGGGAAGAGAUAGCCCUUCUAGAAGGAGUCGGACCGUCCCGGCGACCACCGAAGGGGGCAUCAGAGACCCUCGGAAAAACGAAGCCCAGGGAGGAGCUUGGAAGGCAAGGAGAAGAUGGAACAAGAAGAUAACCAGAGUGUGUGUGAACACCAGGACUCAGAAGACAGAGGGAUGGGCUCUGAUUUUGAGAACUCUGAGGACAGGGAAGGGGACUCAGAAGAAAGAGGAAUGGGCUCAAAUCCAAAGGAUAUAGAAGAAAAAGAGCAAGAGUUGGCCUCCAACUCACGGGAUGAAGCUCUAAGAAGGGACUCUCAGGAGAGGGAAGUAGAACCUGACAUCUGUACAGAGGGGCUGCUGAGUGAGGAAGAAGGGGUUGCUGUCGAUGAGGACGAGGACAGCCAGUCUGGUGAGCCUGACAUGAGGAUGUUCCCAGCGCUGUUGGAGUCUGACAGUAUAUCUCGGAGCCCCCAAGAAGAGGAAGAAGAGGAGGAAAGCGCAGGGGAGAACCGGCUGGAAGAGGAAGAAGAGCAGCGGUCCCCUCCUGUACUUCCCUGGAGGCGCCACCUCUCCCUGGGGAGUCGACUGCGGGGUGACAAACCUGCCCACCGGCGCUUCCACCGGCUCCACCACCCCAUGGCCAUGGAUCUCGGGGAGCUCGACAGCCUGGUGGCCAGCAUCAUGGACGCGCCCACCAUCUGCCCCGACUGUGGGGAGAGCUUCAGCCCCGGAGCCGCCUUCCUGCAGCACCAGCGGAUUCACCGCCUGGCUGAGGCCGCGGCGGUCGCCAGCCUAGAGCCCUUUGGGCUGGCGGGCGAGUGCGGGGCGGUGGUGGGAAUGAUGGGGGUGGGCGUGGCCGGGGGCUUUGGGGCGGGGCCCGCGCUGGCCCGGCCCCCACGUGAGAAGCCUUUCCGGUGCGGCGAGUGCGGCAAGGGCUUCAGCCGCAACACCUACCUGACCAACCACCUGCGCCUGCACACGGGCGAGCGGCCCAACCUGUGCGCCGACUGCGGCAAGAGCUUCAGCUGGCGCGCCGACCUGCUCAAGCACCGGCGUCUCCACACGGGCGAGAAGCCCUACCCGUGCCCGGAGUGCGGCGAGGCCUUCAGCCUCAGCUCGCACCUGCUGAGUCACCGGCGCGCGCACGCGGCGGCCAGCGGCGCAGGCGCGGCGGCGCUGCGGCCCUACGCCUGCGGGGAGUGCGGCAAGGGCUUCGUGCGCCGGUCGCACCUGGCCAACCACCAGCGCAUCCACACCGGCGAGAAGCCGCACGGCUGCGGUGAGUGUGGCAAGCGCUUCAGCUGGCGCUCGGACUUGGUGAAGCAUCAGCGUGUGCACACGGGGGAGAAGCCCUACAUGUGCUCCGAGUGUGGCGAGACCUUCAGCGUCAGCUCGCACCUCUUUACGCACAAGCGCACGCACUCGGGCGAGCGGCCGUACGUGUGCCGCGAGUGCGGCAAGGGCUUCGGGCGCAACUCGCACCUGGUGAACCACCUGCGCGUGCACACGGGCGAGAAGCCCUUCCGCUGCGGCCAGUGCGAGAAGCGCUUCAGCGACUUCUCCACGCUCACGCAGCACCAGCGCACGCACACGGGCGAGAAGCCCUACACGUGCAUAGAGUGCGGCAAGAGCUUCAUCCAGAGUUCGCACCUGAUCCGCCAUCGCCGCAUUCACACUGGCAACAAGCCGCACAAGUGCGCGGGCUGUGGCAAAGGCUUCCGCUACAAAACGCACCUGGCGCAGCACCAGAAGCUGCACCUGUGCUAGGGCGGGGAGGGAGGGAGGGAGUCUGCGCUCAGAGGAGGUGGGGAGCGGGGUGGGGUGUGGGGGGAUGUAGGGGUCCUGGGCACAGACCCUAUAGAAAGAGGUGGGGAAGAGAUGGGAAGGACAAUCUGAGAGUGACUGAGGAGCUUUUUAGCGUUAGAGGGUCCUUGAAUAAGAGUUGUUAUUUUGAGGUGCUACAUUUUGCCUACCUCCUCUCCAUGGAAGAAAUUUGUGGCAGAUGUACUUGAAUUGAUGGCUUCCUCAAAUACAUGAGGUAGGGAGUGAAGUGCAUGGAGGAGCAGGCACUUUGAGGAAGGGGAUUUGAGGGUGGCUGGGCCACAAACAGUAUGGCAGGUAGGUUGGCUGGAGUAAGUUACGGGGUAAAAUUAAAUGCAGGUAUAAAUAAUUCUAUCCCGUUCUUAACCAAGUGGGAAGGCAGUGUUUGACCUUGGUUCCCCACCCCCAUCCGCUAUAGUCUUUUUAAUCCUGUAAAAGAGGAUAGUUUGUAUACAAUUCCCCUUCUUUCUUCCAGCCACAGUUAGCUGCUAUUUUGAGACAUCCAGGGGUAACUGAGCAGAAAAACUACAUGCUCUCUAUUCAAGGGGAGAUUUCUGGGAUUAGGACAUUCAUUUGUAACUGAGUCUCAGAUCUCUUGGGGGAGUUCUGGUUCUUUACUGUACUCAUUGAAAACACUCUAGCUUAAUGUUAGGUCUAGGUUGUUUAGGUGGAUAACCUGCCCCUUGCCCCCUGCGUCAGGUGUGUGCUAGACCCAGGAUUUCUUUAAGGUCUCACUUGUAACCUCUUCAGUGCAGGGAAAUGGAACAAUGCCAACUAUAUGUGACUUUCCCCUUCCAGGUCAGCUUGUGUGUAUGUCGAGUGACCUUCAGACUGUCACCAACUGCUGGCUUUACGUGAGAAAUCCAGGAAGGUACAUUGGGAUGCAAGGCCCCUUUGUCUCAUUUGCCUUCACUUUGCAUGUGGGUUCCCUGUCCUCACAAACCCCCAACCUCCAUCCUGCUGAGGGAUCUAGUUUAAGCAGGAAUUUCUUUUACCUAUAUGUAAAGGCACUGUAGAAAUAGCAAGGCUUUACACAGGAGGGCAUAGUCAGGGAGAGGUUUAAAUGCAAAAUUGCCAAAUAGCACAAGCAAUGAAUGUUUUCUAGUUGUUACAUUGAUGCCAAAAUAGCACUUUCAUAUUUGCAAAGUGCUUUAUGCUUUUUAAUGAUUGUUAGUUGUUUCUCACAGCUUUGUGAGGUAAAUCAGUA